UACCUGGAAUCCAUCAAUUUGAAUAGUGUUGCAACCUUUUUUUUACUAAUGGCCCAAGUAGAACAAAUUUCUAAAAGAUAAGUUAAAGACGUCAUAUGUGUUUUUUAGAUGUUUUUAAGAUGUUUCUAAGAUAUUUUUUAGAAAUUUAUUCUACUUGGCAAUUUAUAUAUAUUUCUUGCACUAGUGUAGGAAGUUCAGCUAAGAGGAGGAGACUUUUUGGUUAUGUUGCGUUUUCUCAAUCUAAUCUCAACGGUGAAGACCAGUGACUUAAACCUGUUAAUUCAAACCAAUAUUUGUUUGUAAGAAUGGCACGUUUGUUUAAUAUACUUGCUAUCAGAGAAUUAUUGAGGAUUCAUGUUGCUAGAUACAGUGAGAAAAACUCGGCUGUGAUUAAGAGAAAAAAGACAGCAAAAUAUAUCGCACUAAAACACUUCGAUGAUUUCUACAGUACUGUCUAUGGUAAGAGAUGGGGAGAAAUAAAACAAGCAUUAUUGAUGGGAGAACACAAAUACAUGGCUGUUGUGAAUAGUUUCAGUGAUAUAAACAGAAUAAAAUCGGAAUUGGAGUUGCAAGGUGCCAUGAACCUAAAAAUGAUAUAUGAAACUUAUAAGACAGUAAUUGAUGAAACUCCACAUAAGUCAAGUAAAAAAAAGAAGAAAGAGAAUCAAGCAGAACGACUAAGAAUGGAGUCUGUAAUUGCAAAUACUCAAAUAAACAUGGUACAGUCACAUUAUCCUGAAAAUUAUGCAUCAAAACCUACAACUGUAAACACAGUGGAUGAAGAUGAGGAUAUCAUAGAAAAACCUAAAAUUCUGCAACCUGUGGAGAUGAAAUCAAUCGAGGCACAUUUGAAUGAUGUAAAUUUGGACAUGAAUCGUAUUGUGUAUCCCAAUGCUGGUUUGAGUGGAUUGUAUGAAUAUGUGCCAGCUACACAACUUAAAGGUUUGGAGGAUUGGGUUUUGGAGUCGGAACACUACAGUUACUACAAUCAAGGUGCAGAUUUUUCAGUGAACAUUGAGCCUGAUCCAGCAUUAACGUUUCCAAAAUAUCUCAACAUAUAUACUUUUGAGGAGGACAACAACAAUAGAUUUCCUGCACCGAAGAAAGGAUCUACUGAUGUUCUAGAUUACUAUCUCUUGGACGGUACUUCAGUGUUGCCAGUACUUGCUUUGGACUUGCAACCCGGUGACUCUGUGUUGGACAUGUGUGCGGCACCCGGAGGAAAAACCCUCACGAUUCUUCAAACAUUGAUGCCGCGUUUGAUGGUCGCAAACGACGUACAGCUAUCUAGAGUGAAGAGGAUACAUAAAGUCAUGAAUCAAUUUGUAAACGGCAUUGGUCAGUGGGAAGAUAAAUUGUAUGUAACUCAACGAGACGCGAGAGCAAUCGAAGAUAAAGAUAUGUUUAACAAGAUCCUAGUGGAUGUACCAUGCACUACAGAUCGACACUGUCUGCAUUCUGACGAGAACAAUAUCUUCAGCACGUCGAGGGUACAGGAGAGAUUAAAGAUACCGGAGUUGCAAGCAAAUAUCUUGACUAAUGCACUGAAAAUAAUAUCGGUUGGUGGCACAGUCGUUUACUCGACGUGUUCCCUCAGUCCUAUCCAGAACGAUGGUGUUGUUGGUAUGGCGUUAAAGAAAGCUUGGGAGGAGACCAAUUCGAUUAUGGUCGUAAAGGACAUGAGGAGAGCAUUGGAUCCGUUGAAGUGCCUGUACAAAUUCGGUAACUUUGGACUGAAGUACGGCCACAUUGUCAUUCCCACACUCAAGAACAAUUGGGGACCCAUGUACUUCUGUAAAAUCGUGCGGAUACGGUAAUAGAGGUAACGUCUGAUCGUACGUCUUCUCAUCACAUAACGCGAUCUUGUUCCAUGGCUGCUCGUUAUCGCUAGUAUAGACCAAUAUCUCGAUGAUACAUAGAUCGAACGACUGUUACGCCUCUAUCCUUCACGCCUCUAUAGUUUGUUGUAAAUAGAACGAUUAAGAUAUCGAUAACUUAUAAUAUUAGUACAAUAAAUUCAAUAAAAGAAAAGAAUUUGACUCUAAAAAAAGAAUUU